CUCACGGAGGACAGCUCCAGGGAGCUCACCAGGGGCCUCAUCCGCGGCGUCGCUGCCGACUGCAUUCGCUCUUGCUCCGUACAAGGGUUGGAUAACAUGGAAUGGAACCUGGAGACACUGCAAACGGAUCGGCUGAGGGGUGCGACCCUCACCAAGUUACUGCACGCUGUACAGCAGAUCACAAGAGCCAUAAACCACAGGAAUCGCCUUGUCUUGGAUUAUAAUUGGGAAUUUCUUCAUAAUGACCACAACAUCAGCAAAACUGAAUUCCAGGCCGAGAUACCGGUCUUCCUGGAGCACCUCUCUGACUACUGGCGGGACUCGGCGCAGCUGCUCUCACUGGGUGUGAAACAUUUCUCUCAGCUGCUCGUCCCCCUCGCUUUCGAGCAAAUGGGUAUCCACUCAAAUGAUCUGCAACGCCAUGAAUGGAUUAACAGCAUGAAACAUCUGAGAGACAUGCUGCACACGAGAUUAAGCGGCUGGGUUCAUGAUGUGCAAUCCGUCAGCGAGCAGAUGGCGCACUACAAAGUGGAAGAACACGAGAACAGGCCUGGGACUUAUAUACUUAGGUAA